AUGACAGUAUCGUGGUUCAGCGGACUCCUGCUGCUAAGCGCGCUCACACUCCGUGCCUCUCGGGGUGAUAAGUGUGUGGUUGGGGUGUUUGGAGAAGCCACCAUCCUGCCAUGUGUUUACAAUGGAGUCAAGAACUUGACAGCUCUAAACGUCUCCUCGGAGUGGCGAACGGGGACAGAGAUGAUGCUCAGGAGGGAGUGGACAGAGGGAGAGGAGGUUCUGGAUGCAUUUCCCACCGGCAGGAUGACAGUGUCCUCCACAGCUCCUCAAAGCGGAGACUUCUCCGUCGUCAUAAGUGAUCUCCACCUUUCAGACUCACACAACUACAGCCAGUAUCUCCAAAUUCAGGGGCAAAACCAGAGCCUACUGUUGUGCUCCGUCUGUCUCACUGUAGCAGCUCGUUUCACAGAACCAAUUCUAUCGAGAGAAGAUACUAAAGAAGGAGAACCGGCUAAGUUUAUUUGCCACUCCAGAGGCGGUUUCCCUGAGCCCGGGGUGUACUGGUUUAUUGACCACACACAGCGCCCCCCCGUGGAGGCAGUGGGAACACACAUCGUCAAACUCCCAGCCUCUGAGCUCUUAAAUGUCACCAGCGUGCUCACCGAAACUGUGUCAGAGGAUACAGUUGUGUCGUGUGUAAUAGAAAACCAGGUCCUGAAUGAGACCUUGUCUGUCACCAGUGGUGUUUUGGUGAGCACAGUGGUUGGCCGUGCAUCUCAGGCCAUGUCGAUGUUCAGCACUGGACUCUGUGUGGUGGUAGGUGUAUUGGUUGCCAUAGCACUAGCCUAUCAGAUCAAAGGGGACAGACUGAGGAGGCGGGGUCGACAGACCCAUGCAGAAUCAGACAGUGAAGAUACGGAGAUGAUCGUGGUGAAUUUUGAGCAGUUGAAAUCCCUUCCAGAGACUGAUGUGUGA